CGCACAGUCUCAAGCAUCGCCUGGCUCAAUCUUCUCACUCAACCCAACUCGUCAAUCAAUCUUCUUGAAGAUCCUCUUUCAGUCAAAAUGAAGUUCUCCACCCUUCUCACCGGCUCCCUCUUUGCCACUGCUGCUCUGGCUGCUCCUCUCACCGAGAAGCGCCGCGCUGCUCGUGCCGCCAAGAGCCGCCACAGCAACCCUCCCUACAAGGCCGGUACCGACAAGGAGAUCCUCAAGCUGACCAACACCACCAACGUUGAGUACUCCUCCAACUGGGCCGGUGCCGUCCUCAUCGGAACCGGCUACACCAAGGUCACUGGCGAGUUCACCGUCCCCAGUGUCUCCGCUGGCUCUUCCUCCUCCUCCAGCGGCUACGGCGACUACGGCUACGGCUACUACAAGAACAAGCGCCAGUCCACCGAGUACUGCGCCUCCGCCUGGGUCGGUAUCGACGGUGACACCUGCGAGACCGCUAUCCUCCAGACCGGUCUCGACUUCUGCUACGAGGAUGGCGAGGUCUCCUACGACGCCUGGUACGAGUGGUACCCCGACUACGCCUACGACUUCGACAGCAUCUCCUUCUCCGAGGGUGACUCUGUCAAGGUCACCGUCGAGGCCUCCAGCGACAGCACCGGUACCGCCACCGUCGAGAACCUGACCACUGGCGAGUCCGUCACCCACUCCUUCUCCGGCAACGUCGAGGGUGACCUCUGCGAGUACAACGCCGAGUGGAUCGUUGAGGACUUCGAGUCCGGUGACUCUCUCGUUGCUUUCGCUGACUUCGGCACCGUUACCUUCACCAACGCUGAGGCUACCAGCGACGGUUCCACCGUUGGCCCCUCCGAUGCCACCAUCAUGGACAUUGAGCAGGACAGCACCGUUCUGACCUCCACCUCCGUUGACGGUGACACUGUUACCAUCACCUACGUCUAAGUGCAUCUUUCGGGAUGAUGCUUGCCAUGCCAUCUUGGCACCGACCUGACCAACCCUGGGGAUGAAGCAAAAUGAGUGAUGAGUUAUCCGGAUGAUCUGAUCUUGUUUGAGUUAGUUUGAUUCUUUGAUGCUGAUGCUUUUGUUGAGUGAUUGUAUCUACUUUAGGUAGAAGAAAAUAAGUGCGCGCUUGC